AUGUCUGCUCCAUCUGCUCUUAUCAUCAAUACCUCGAUAUUCAUUCUUACGGGGUUCCCUGGCCUGGACCAGUACUAUCCCUGGUUUUCAAUUCCCUUCUUCUCCAUCUAUGCCAUGGUUUUCCUGGGAAACUGCAUGGUGCUUCAUGUGAUCCGGACAGAGCCCAGCCUGCACCAGCCCAUGUUCUACUUCCUGGCCAUGCUGGCCCUCACUGACCUGUGCAUGGGGCUGUCCACAGUGCACACGGUGCUGGGGAUCCUGUGGGGGUUCAGCCAGGAAAUUGGUCUGGAUACCUGCAUUUCACAGACUUACUUUAUCCAUGGGCUUUCCUGCACAGAGUCUGGAGUCCUUCUUGCCAUGGCCUUUGAUCGCUUCACUGCCAUCUGCAAUCCUCUGAGGUACACAUCCAUUCUGACUAACAACAGAGUCACUCACUUCAUGGUGGCCAUUUUGAUGAGGGCAGCUGUGUCCAUUCUUCCUGUCAUUAUUCGUCUCAAGUUCUUCCAUUACUGCCGCCCCCACAUCCUCUCCCACUCUUUCUGCCUGCACCAGGACCUGCUCAGGCUCGCCUGCUCUGACAUUCGCUUCAACAGCUUCUAUGCCCUGGCUCUGGUGAUCUGUACCUUGUUGUUAGAUGCUGUACUUAUUCUCAUCUCCUACGUCUUCAUCUUGCAAACAGUGCUGAGGGGUUUCAUUGCUGAUACUCAGGUUUCUGAUGGGUUAAAUCAAACUGAUGCAUUCUUCACGACUGCCAAGACGGGGAAGCAGCCUACAUGUUCUGCCACAGACAACUGGAUAAAGAAAUUACAGUAUACACCUGUACUGGUAUAUUAUUCCACCUUUGCAAAGAAGGGAGUCACUAGACUGCAGGGACCAGGUGGAGUCCUCCACUUACAUCAGCUACCAAGAGGGAAGAGUGUCUCCGAGGUCCCUGGGACCACGUGGCCCACACAAUCUUCUCAUUCCUUCCUCAUAAACCUGAGCCUUCUGAUUCCUCAUGCCACAAGCACCAGCCACAGGACAGGAUGCAGAGGCGUCCUUGGGAUAGCACGGCGGAACAGCCCUAGGGUCUCAAUAGCUUUGCCACUGUCACCUGCUGUGUGUUCUGCAAGAAGCUGA